AUGAUCAUGCGCGAGCUCGGGAGAGGUGGCCAGGAGCGCCUCAAGGCAGCUCGAGUGUUGAUUGUGGGAUGCGGUGGUCUAGGAUGCCCUUCGGCCAUGUAUCUUGCUGGAGCUGGAGUUGGUACUCUUGGGCUAGUUGAUGAUGACGAAGUGGACGUGUCCAAUCUGCAUCGCCAGACCCUGCACACUGAGGCUCGACAGGGCAUGCCCAAAUGCGAAUCCAUCCGUCUGGCCCUUAUGGCGCUGAACCAUCAUGUCGAUAUUCAAACGCAUCCCUCUCGCCUGACCCCCGCCAAUGCACUCGAGCUCGUCCGUCAAUACGACGUGGUUCUGGACGCCUCAGAUAACGCCCCGACCCGCUACCUCAUCAACGAUGCCUGCGUGAUUGCGGGUCGGCCUUUGGUCUCUGGAAGUGCCCUGCGCUGGGAGGGCCAGCUUAUUGUAUACAACCACAAGGGAGGCCCGUGUUAUCGUUGCUUGUUUCCCAAACCCCCACCAGCGCACACAGUCACAAACUGCUCGGACGGAGGCGUGCUUGGUCCCAUCCCCGGCUUGAUCGGGUGCCUACAAGCACUCGAGGCAAUGAAAGUCAUUUUGGGUUGCCCAGUUUUGAACGAGCAUUUGCUGUUGGUGGAUGGCUACGCCGAUCAGUUUCGCCGCGUGAAGAUGCGCGCGCGCAACACUGCCUGUGCCAUCUGUGGCGAUCAAGCACGAGACCAGCAAGUUGGCUUGCUGGAGGACUACGAAGCCUUUUGCCACAUGUCGGCAUGCGACGCAACCCAGGACUUGCAAUUGAUUGCAGCAGAACAACGCAUUGACGCUCACGAACUGGAUCGGCUGUUACGCGUCGAUACUGCAGGCGGUUCUCCUCCUCUGUUGGUGGACGUUCGCUCUGAGGUGGAGUUUGGCAUGUGCUCUAUCGGUGGCUCUUGCAAUCUGCCCUUGCAACAGUUGGAGCGAGCCCCAGACAAACUCACCCAACUCCUCACUCAAGAAUCGGCACAGCGGGUGGUUUUUAUUUGUCGUCGCGGAAAUGACUCUCAGCGCGCCGUGCAGCGUGCCGGCCAGAUUGUACCUUCCUCCAUCCCUGUAUGUGACCUUCAAGGUGGUCUUCACGCUUGGGCACGACUCGUAGCACCCGACUUUCCCGUCUACUAA